AUGUCUUCUACCAAAAUUAACAUACUAUUGACCGGCGCCACUGGCUACACCGGAGGUGCCGUCUUGACUGGUCUCCUUCAACAUUCAAAUGCCUCGAACUUCAAUAUAACCGCUCUCAUUCGUGGUGAUGAAAGCAGAGUGAAGAAGCUUGCGUCGCUCGGUGUUACACCUCUCAUUGGCUCAAAUGAUUCACACGAAAUCAUCGAGAAAGCUGCAAGUGAAUCGCAUGUGGUUAUUCAUACGGCAAACUCGGCUGACGAUCUUCCAUCGGCCACAGCAAUUGUUUCUGGCUUGAACAAACGAACCAAGGCAACAGGAAAGCCGGCUAUUUACAUCCACACUAGUGGCACUGGUGUCCUCACUGAAGACGUUCGCGGCAAGAAAGGAUCGAAUAUCGUCUACAACGAUCUUGAUCCCGCUCAGAUCAAUGGUCUAGGCGAUGAGCAGUUACAUCGCAACGUCGAUCUCUUUGUUAUCAAUGCAGCAGAUGCCAAUCCUCUGUUGAAAAGUGUCAUCAUACUUCCGCCUCUUAUCUAUGGAAUUGGUAAAGGACCGUUUAAUCGCACUUCCAUUCAGCUUCCUAUCCUUAUUCGGGCUGCCUUGAAACGAGCCAAGGCCGAAGUGCUCGGGCCAGGUGAGGCGACGUGGGACAAUGUUCACAUAGACGAUUUGGUCGAUGCGUACAUAAUCCUUCUCGAUCAACUUCUCGCUGCUUACGGACCAGAUGCCAAGGUUAAUGAGAAGCCCAGUCCAUACUUGACUACAGGACGAGAGGGCUACUAUUUUAGCGAAAGCGGACGACAUACGUGGCGACAGCUCGCCGAAAAACUAGGGGAAGUUCUAUACAAAAAGGGUAUUGCCAAAUCUCCUGAAGUCACAAGCUUUCCCGAUGAAGAAGUGGAAAGUGCUUUACCCUUUGGCCGAUUCAGUUUUCUCGCGUUGGCUAGCCAAUCGAACUGCAAGGCCGAGAGAAUAAGGAAAUUGGGAUGGAAGCCACAUCGGCCGAGUCUGUUCGACAGUGUUGAAGAACAAGUUGAUGCCUUGAUCAAGGAUGCAAAGAACUGA